AUGUCGCCACCUCCUUCUGGUAUCGCGAGACAUAAAUUCUUGGAGGAUGUUCCAAAUGACGAUGAGCAGGAGUUUGUCAGUUGCCGAAAGCCAUAUGACGACUUCGAGGAGGAAAUAGACGACGACACGCGUGACAUGGACGGAUACGAUGAGCAGGACAUUGGUGAUGUAGAUGGUGACUACUACAAUGAGGAAGACGACUGCAUAGGGGAUGACUAUGCAGAUGACGACUGGGAGUCCAGCUACGGCUCGAGUGAAGCCGACUCCGACUACCACCACCUUUGGCCAGACCCCUUUGAGGAGGGCACCCAGGCUUCCAGCGCGCCCAGGUCGCCCACCCCAUCGAUGGCUGGAGAGGCCACGGCGGCGAUCCAGGCCCCGCUGCCGCUCGGCGGAGUUGGCCUCUGCUGGCAGGCAGACGACGCUGAUUUGAUUUCAGAUGGUCUCAAGGUGCUUUGCCUUUCACGCCCGCCUCACUGGCGAGAUGGGCCUCUAGAGGUUCGACGUGAGCCGAGCGAUGAGUCCAUCAGAAGUUGCUAUGACCACUCCCGAGCCGCUGGCGAUUUUCGUCGCUGCCCAGAAGAGUUCUGGGCGGCGUUACAUCAGAAGGCAGGAUGGACCUCUGGGCCUCGUCGGAACGAGGCUGCCGAGAGGUCUGAGCCUGUCAAUCCGCCCCCGACCUCUUCGGCGAGCUCCAAGGCCGGCCAAUGCCCAGGAAAAACUGGCCGCAGGUUGGUCUACACCCGGCAGCGCGGUUCGCUGCGGCCGCGGCCGCCGCCAGCGCGGCCGGAGAGGAGAAGCGGAGGUCCGCGGUGCUCCAGGCCUCAGGCCGCCACGAAAGCAGGCGCAGCCUCGGCCUCGCUCCUGCGGCCCUCGAAGGAAGAUGCUGGCACAGGGAUCGCGCCCGAAGAAGCCCGGGCCAAGACUCCUUUCUACGAAGUUACAGAAGAGGAGUUCGAGAGGCUUUGGCUUUCGGGUGCCGUCGAUGGUGCCAGCGAGGUGGAAGAUGAGGUCUACGAGAUUUCCGAGGAGGACUUUGACCGCUUGCUGAAGGCUGGGCAGUUGCAGCUCGCUCGCCUUGAGGCCAUGGACAACGAUGCCUCGGCCGUGGACAUCCAGGCCCGUCGGCCGACAAAGCGGCCACGGCCAAGGGGCGCACUUCCUGAUGAGGUGCUGGUCUCUUCCCUUCCAACGCCGCUGGUGCUCAGGCCGCCACCCUUGACUGCGCCGUCAGCGCCGGCCAGGCGGAGUUCUGAACCCGCGCCUCGGCGCCGGCGGCCUCGGACAGUGGAUGGCUCCGAGACGAAGAAGGCCUUCACAGGCUUCCGACCGCUGCCGGCUGAGCGGACCCCAAGAGGGGAGGUUGCACAGCGCACCGCUGCAGGUAGUCCGGCCAGGCUUCUUCGAAGUCUUCGAGCCAGCAUCUCGGGUUCCGUCGUACCCCUCACCGAAGCAGAGGAGCAAGGUGAGAUCCGAGUCGCUCGACGUCUUCCAGUAAACGGUCGCCUUCCCCGUAUUUCCCUUCCGAACACGUGGGAGGCUCUCCGGAAGAGUAACAGCUGCUCCGGGACCGACGCAGGAGGAGAGAGUGACAUGUCCUCACCAUCGCCUGUGCUGCUGCCAGGCCGUAGUCCGGCAGCGCAGGCGGAGUGA